UAUGCACCCGUCCUGUUUUCCCGCGCUUAUUUAGAGUGACGUAUUUCCUGUCCGUUUGUUGUUGUCUGGUUGAAUACUAACCCACUGAUAAACUUUCAUUUCUCGUUAUCCCAGUCGCGACACGGUGUAAUGUAAGUGUCUGUAACUGCCAGUGCUUUAGGAGAGGAGAACACGGAGCUGCUGGUGCUGUUGUUUGGGCUGUAGCUGAGCUGUUCAUCUCAACCCUGCACAUUUACCUGACUACUGAACACCAACCGGAGGUGCAGGUAUGAGCAAAGCGAAGAUGAGCAGAGAGAGACGGAGCAACCAGCCUGGAUUUGGUAGAGUGACGCGCAGCUCCAUCACCUCUCAGGAGUCCACUCCAUCCUCCUCCCAGCAGAGCAAACCCUCAGACUCGGUCCUGCUCAACGACCUGAGCCUGAUGAGAGUGAGCGAGCUGCAGGCCUCAUUAGCACGGAAAGGGAAGCCAUCAAAAGCGGGCGCUGACGUCAGUAAGAGCACGUCAGGUCGCUCGGUCCCACGAGGAGCUCUUGAGACUGUGGGGCGACUGAUGAAGCUGGGUCGCUUGCGUAACGUGGUAGUGGUGGCCGGCGCUGGAAUCAGCACAGCCAGUGGCAUACCAGACUUUAGAACGCCAGGCACAGGAUUAUACGCCAACCUGGAAAAGUACAACGUUCCCUACCCUGAAGCCGUGUUCAAUAUUGACUACUUCUCUGAUGACCCUCGUCCUUUCUUCUCGCUGGCCAAAGAGCUGUACCCUGGUAGACAUCGGCCCAAUUACAUCCAUUACUUUAUCCGCAUGCUGCACCAGAAAGGUCUGCUGCUCCGCAUGUACACCCAGAACAUCGACGGCUUGGAGAAAAUGUGUGGUAUUCCUGAUGAUAAACUAGUGGAAGCUCAUGGAAGUUUUGCGACGGCCUCCUGUCACUUGUGCUAUACACCGUUUCCUGCCGAUGAAGCCAAGAAAGCCAUCAUGAGUGACAGUGUCCCCACAUGCACGUUCUGUUCUGCCACAGUCAAGCCGAAUGUUGUGUUUUUCGGAGAGGAUCUACCUGAAAAAUAUUUCCAAAAUGAAACAGACUUCCCCAAAGCAGACCUGCUCAUCAUCAUGGGCACUUCUCUAAAGAUCGAGCCCUUUGCCAGCCUGGUGAACACGGUUAAGUCCAGAGUUUUACGUCUGCUGCUGAACCGACAUGCAGUUGGGCCAUUUGAGCGUAAGCCCCUGAGGAGAGGAGACUACGUGGAGCUGGGAGACCUGGUGGACUUGGUCAGAAGACUUGCUGAGAUUCUGGACUGGCAUGCGGAGAUUCAACACCUGAUGAACAGCGAUGGGAACGGGGAUUUGCAGGCCAUCCCUAUGGUGAUAUCUGCUCCUCACUCAGAAAGUGGACAGCAGCACAGAGCCUGCUCCUCCAGCAACAGUGAAGAGAGUGACUCGUCAGAGACGGACAGUAAGAGCACUUGAGUUAUGGAGUAAACUACAGUCACCUGCAGUCCCAGACCUCUACACUUACAAUAGUGAUACUGGCCACAUUAUCCUUCUUUUUAUUUAAGGUAAUAUUAUGUGGGUGUCUUUCUUGAUGUGUCAAAGGCACUUUCUUACCUCUGUGAACAUUUGAAUAGGAUAUUAAAAUACUAAUUGUUAAAAUAAAAUAUUUUAAUUAUCUCCACAUGCAGAACUUUUCUGUACUCCAUCAGUUUUAUUUAGAGUUUUGAACCUUAUGCGAUUACAAGACAAAGUAGGAAUUUUAAUGGACAUAACCCAUGGCGUAGGCGUGUGUGUGUGUGUGUAUGUAUGUGUGUUGGGUCGAAGUGUACUCUGUGGAACUUGGAGCAGGUCCAGCUCCGAGAGGACAGUGCUAAAUUAGCAUGGGAGGCGUGACCUCCUGAGUGUGUAGUGUCCCGCUGUGUGUGUUUUCACAGGCACGGCGGUCUCCAAGCUGGGGCCUCCCUCCAAAACUCUAAUAAAUGUCUCUGCUUGGCAACAAAGACCCAAUAUCCUGCUGCUGUGUGUGUGUGUGUGUGUGUGUUUGUGUGAAAAUGUGUUUUUGCUUCUUUGUGUCAGUGUGAGUAAAUGGCUGUCAAUAGGGUGUGUGUGAGAGAACGGUAAUUUUGCUCACCAGUGUGUAAUUGAGAGAAAGCAAUUAUUCCAUUUUGCACAGUCGAUUAAAUAAUGAUCACGUAAUCCUCAUCAUAUCUGCUCGUACCUGUUUUUGGUUCAUAUGUCGAGGUACUCGUAAGAAGUCAGAACGUGUGUCUUAAAACUUUGGAUUUGUUCAAUUUCAGACUGAAGUAUGGAAUUUUUCAUUUUAAAAGUAUUUUAAGUGUUCUUGGUGUGUACUUGGUGUAUGGACGGUAACUCUAGAUCUGAACAGUUCGGGGAAAAGUUAUUCUGGAUUAUCAGAUGCUGCUGGGUUUUUUUUGUUUUUUUCCCCCCCCCACAUUACAUGCAUUGUAUCUGUUUGAUCAAUUUGAUAUUAAAAGUAUUUAAGGUCUA